AUGGCUCCUCAGUCAACUGCGGACGACAACAGCAGCCUCGCCAGCAACAAGGGCCAGUUCGGCCUCGAGUCUGGCCAGGCGCUCAUGGCCGAGGGCUCGGCCGUGCUGCACGAUCACAUCGUGGGCAAGAUGGAGGUCGCGCUGGGCAGCGAGCUCCCGCAGAUGGACGUGCGCUUCAAGAACCUGUCGCUCACGGCCGACAUCGUCGUGGUCGAGGACGACGGCUCCAAGAACGAGCUGCCCACGCUGCCCAACACCAUGAAGAAGGCGUUCGUGGGCCCCAAGAAGCGCACGGUCCGCAAGGAGAUCCUCAAGGACAUCAGCGGCGUCUUCCAGCCGGGCAAGCUCACGCUGCUGCUGGGCCAGCCGGGCUCCGGCAAGUCGGCGCUGAUGAAGAUCCUCAGCGGCCGCUUCCCCAUGGGCAAGAACAUCACGCUGGACGGUGACAUCACCUUCAACAGCGUCAAGCGCCAGCAGAUCAUCAAGACGCUACCCCAGUUCGCGGCCUACGUGAACCAGCGCGACAAGCACUUCCCCACCUUGACGGUCAAGGAGACGCUCGAGUUCGCGCACACCUUCUGCGGUGGCGAGAUCGCCCGCCGCGGUGAGGAGCUCUUCUCGAACGGCUCGCAGAAGGAGAACCUCGAGGCGCUCGAGCUGGCGAGCUCCGUGUUCAACAACUUCCCGGAGAUCGUCCUCCAGCAGCUCGGACUCAAGAUUUGCCAGGACACGAUCGUCGGUGACGCCAUGAUGCGCGGUAUCUCCGGUGGUGAGCGCAAGCGAGUCACGACUGGUGAGAUGGAGUUCGGCAUGAAGUACGCGUCUUUCAUGGACGAGAUCAGUACGGGUCUGGACAGCGCGGCCACCUUCGACAUCAUCACCACGCAGCGCAGCAUCGCGCAUCGCCUUCACAAGAACAUCGUGAUCGCGCUGUUGCAGCCGUCGCCCGAGGUUUUCGCUCUCUUCGACGACGUCAUGAUCCUGAAUGAUGGCGAGUUGAUGUACCACGGCCCGUGCGACCGAGUGCAGGGCUACUUCGACAGCUUGGGCUUCGAGUGCCCCGUGGGCCGCGACAUUGCCGACUAUCUGCUGGACUUGGGAACGCAGGAGCAGUACCGCUACCAGACGCGGGAGGCUCCGCGUGGUGGCAAGCACCCGCGCUCGCCCAAGGAGUUCGCCGACACUUUCAAGCAGUCGGACAUCCACUUCGACAUGCUCAAGGCGCUGGACACCCCUCACGACCCGAAGCUGCUGGCCACUAUCCAGAAGCACAUGGAGCCCACGCCGGAGUUCCACCAGGGCUUCUUCGAGAGCACCAUGACGCUGUUCCGUCGCCAGCUCAUGAUCACCUACCGCAACAAGCCGUUCGUCUUCGGUCGUCUGCUGAUGAUUGGUGUCAUGGGUCUUCUGUACUGUUCGACUUUCUACAAGUUCGACCCGACGCAGGUGUCGGUGGUCAUGGGUGUCAUCUUCUCGUCGAUCAUGUUCCUGUCCAUGGGCCAGUCGUCCCAGAUCCCCACGUACCUCGCCGAGCGUGACAUCUUCUACAAGCAGCGCGGUGCCAACUUCUACCGCACGGCCUCUUACGUGCUGGCCCAGUCCGUGGGUCAGAUCCCGUUGGCGAUCGCAGAAACGCUCAUCUUCGGCUCAUUGGUGUACUGGGUCUGUAGCUUCGAAGCAGACUUCUGGCGGUUCAUCAUCUUCCUGAUCAUCCUGCUGGUGAUGAACCUGGCCAUGGGAAUGUGGUUCUUCUUCUUGGCGGCCAUUUGUCCGAACGGCAACAUCGCGUCCCCUGUCAGCCAGGUUUCCAUCCUGGUGAUGGUUAUCUUCGCUGGCUUCAUAGUGACGGCCGGCACGCUUCCAGACUGGUUAAUUUGGUUGCAUUGGAUCAGUCCGAUGUCGUGGGCUCUGCGCGCGCUGUCGAUCAACCAGUACCGCGCAGCGAGCUUCAACGUGUGCGUCUACGGCGGAGUUGACUACUGCGCCGAGUACAACGGCCUGACCAUGGGCGAGUACUACCUGCAGAUGUUUGAUAUCCAGACGGACACGGCUUGGGUCGCUUACGGAGUCAUCUACGCGGUGGCAGUGUACGUGGUCUUCAUGUUCCUGUCGUUCAUCACUCUCGAGUACGUUCGCUACGAAGCCCCGGAGAACGUGGAUGUGUCGGAGGCUCAGGCUGACGAUGACACGUACGCUCUGCUCGAGACACCGAAGAACAAGAAGGGCUCAGUGGGCGGUGAAGUCAUCCUUGACCUUCCGCACAAGCACGAGAAGAACUUCGUUCCAGUGACGGUGGCGUUCCGGGACCUGCACUACUUCGUGCCGAACCCGAAGAACCCGAAGGAGCAGCUCGAACUGCUCAAGGGCAUUGAUGGAUACGCUCUUCCUGGCUCCGUGACUGCGCUCAUGGGCUCCUCCGGUGCUGGUAAGACGACGCUGAUGGAUGUGAUCGCUGGACGCAAGACCGGUGGCAAGAUCACGGGUAAGAUUCUGCUGAACGGCUACGAGGCGACCGACCUCGCCAUCCGUCGUAGUACCGGCUACUGUGAGCAGAUGGACAUCCACUCCGAGGCCGCUACAAUUCGCGAGGCCUUGACUUUCAGCUCGUUCCUGCGCCAGGACACCUCGAUCUCAGACGAGAAGAAGAUUGAUUCGGUGAACGAGUGCAUCGAGCUGCUCGGACUGGAAGACAUUGCCGACCAGAUCAUCCGUGGCAGUUCGGUGGAGCAGAUGAAGCGCCUGACGAUCGGUGUGGAGCUUGCUGCGCAGCCUAGUGUGAUUUUCCUGGACGAGCCGACGAGUGGCCUGGACGCGCGUUCGGCCAAGAUCAUCAUGGACGGUGUUCGUAAGGUGGCCGACUCGGGUCGUACCAUUAUCUGUACCAUUCACCAGCCCUCGGCUGAGGUGUUCUACCUGUUCGACAGCCUUCUGUUGCUGAAGCGUGGUGGUGAGACGGUGUUCUACGGUGACUUGGGCGAGAACUGCCGCAAUUUGAUCGACUACUUUGAGAACAUCCCUGGUGUGGCCCCGCUUCCGAAGGGCUACAACCCGGCCACUUGGAUGCUGGAGUGUAUCGGUGCCGGUGUAAGCAACUCGGUGGCGGACAACAUGGACUUCGUGAGCUACUUCAAGAACAGCCCGUACUGCGCGAAGCUUCAGGCGGAUUUGGCCAAGGAAGGUGUGACGACGCCGUCGGCCGAGUACCCGGAGCUGGUGUUCGGCAAGAAGCGCGCGGCCAGCUCGGCGACGCAGAUGAAGUUCCUGGUCCAGCGCUUCUACGACAUGUACUGGCGCACGCCGUCGUACAACUUGACCCGGCUGGUGAUAUCGGUCUUCUUAUCGCUCCUCUUUGGCGUUAUCUUCGUGGGCGUAGACUACGCGUCAUACACUGGUCUGAACUCGGGUGUUGGCAUGGUCUUCAUGGCCUCGCUGUUCAACUCGAUGGUGUCGUUCCAGAGCGUGCUGCCGCUGGCCUCGGAGGAGCGCGCCUCUUUUUACAGGGAGCGCGCGAGUCAAACGUAUAAUGCGUUCUGGUACUUCGUGGGCUCGACGCUCGUGGAGAUCCCGUACUGCUUCCUCAGCGCUCUGAUCUUCACGGUCAUCUACUUCCCCAUGGUGGGCUUCUCCGGCUUCGCGAACGGUGUAUUGUUCUGGCUGAACCUGGCGCUGCUGAUCUUGAUGCAGACGUACUUCGGCCAGUUUUUCUCGUACGCGCUGCCCAGCGAGGAGGUCGCGGCCAUCAUCGGCGUGCUCAUCAACUCAAUUUGCUUCUUGUUCAUGGGCUUCAGUCCCCCGGCCUACGCCAUCCCGUCGGGCUACAAGUGGCUGUACACCAUCGUCCCCCACCGGUUCGCGCUGUCCAACCUCGUGUCCAUCGUCUUCGGCCAGUGCUCGGACAUGCCCACGUGGGAUGAGGCUUCUCAGUCGUACUCGAACGGCGGCUCGGAGCUGGGCUGCCAGCCGAUGGCCAACUCGCCGGUGACCGUGGGCCACAUCACGCUGAAGGAGUACGCGGAGCAGUACUUCGGCAUGGACUACGGCGACCUCUGGAGGAACUUCGGCAUCGUCAUCGCCUGGAUUGUUUGCUUCCGUCUCCUUGGCCUGCUGUCGCUGCGCUACGUGAACCACCAGAAGAGAUAG